UUUGAAAAUUUCUAAUCGUAUUCUCACUUGGAAUUGGCGCUUUUUUGUUUGACAAGAUCUGAUUUGUGUUUUAAAUUUGAGAAACUGGUUCAAAUUUUGCUCUAGUGUUUAUAGUCUGUACUGUAUACAAAAAAAACAUGAAUUUUGCUAUUUUUGUUUCGAUUACACUCUUAAUUGGAGCUAAUGAAGUCUACGGACAAGAAGGUCCGAAAGUUGCUCCAUUUUCUUCACAUGUUAAACCAAUAAUUGGAGGAUCCACUUCAUUCAUUUGCCAAAAACUUUCGGGAUCGCCACCAUUAAAGAUAGUAUGGUUUAAAGAUGGAAAGGAACUUGAGGACUCAGAAGACAUCAGAAUUGUUUCUAUUCAAGAUCCUUCUGUAUUGCUCAUUAACUCGAUAAAAUCAAGUCAUUCUGGAAACUAUACUUGUAAAAUCUCAAAUAGAUAUGGUUCUGACACUUACUCUACUGAACUUUUAGUUGAAGGUCCUCCAAAUUGGAUUGAGAAACCAAACAAUGUUAAAUCAAGAGUCCAUCAAAUGAUCAAUGUCAGAUGUCUUGUUUCUGGAUAUCCAAAACCCACGAUAACUUGGAAAAAAAUGCAAGGGUCAUCAUGGUCGCAAUUUGGUGAAUUUAAUAGUAAUUUGCAAAUUACAAAUGCAACCAAGGCAUAUGAAGGAAGAUAUGGAUGUUCAGCUACCAACGCAAUCGGAACUGAUCUUUGGUCAGAGUUUGAUAUUUCAAUUGAGGAAUGUUUGUUUACUUCCUCAUAUUAAUCGCUGCUUCAGCAGGAGUCCAUGUAAAUGGCCAAGGUAGUCCAAAAGUAGCCCCAUUUUCAGCACUCAUUAAACCGGUACUUGGUGGUAAGACUUCAUUUACUUGUCAAAGUCUUUCAGGAACUUCGCCAUUUCAGAUAACAUGGUUGAAAGACGGUGAUGAG